AGGAGAGCGUGGAGAUGGUGAUGAGGGGGUUCAAUGGCGGCCGGUGCGACUUCCUGACCAAGCCCCCGGGCAACGACGGGAUGCACAACAUCCUCCGUCCUGUCAGGGAGCGAAGCCUCAACGCUGCCGUCAAUGCCGCCGCUGCAAACGCCGAUCCUCGCUCCAGCCGGGAUGGCACAUCGAGGAAGAGGCCAGUGGAAGUGGACCACUCCGACGUGGGGGGCUACGGUAGCAGGACCGCCAAGAAGAUCACUGCAGAGAAGCAUGCAUUACUUCACAAAGUGGCCAACAACCGGAUCAAUGGAACAGAAGGCAAUCUCGGUGGUUCAAAGAUGGAGAGUGAUGCUAUAACCUAGAGGUGUUGGUAGUUGCACAACGAGUUGAAUCAUGAGAAGUCGAACUCACCAAUUCGAGUUACUACGAAAUAUUUACGUAGUUAUGAUGACUCACUAUUCAUCUUCUGGCAAUAGGACAAUAGAGAUGUCAUCAAGGGAAAUGAUGUCAUUGGUGAGGGUAAGAAAGACCACAUAUGGGUGCCGUAUGGUCCCGCGGUUGUGCGAUGGCCGAUCUCGAACGUGAUCACAUUGCAAUGACCACUAGACCACUGAUGGUUUGUACAUCGAUGGUUGUGCAUGAGUCGACAUGGUUAUUAGGGAUUCUAACUGAUGGGUGCCAGUUUCGGCCUAGCGCUACGCACCUCAAUCAAUGUGUUGAAGCUUUAGAAACUAAAGCCAAUUCUGUUGUCGAAGUUCACAAUCUGGCGAUGAUGCCUACUAAUAGGCGGAUAGUACCGCAGUUUGACUUUGUAUUGUCGCUAUGAGGAAGUAAAGGCUCAGGGAUGAUC